AUGCAACACUUCGCAUCCUUCUUCUUUGUCAUCGCUGCUUUGAUCGUCGCGAUAUUUGGUCUUCCUUCUCCGACCGUAUCCGCUGGCAUCGUUAGCGACGCCCAGCUCGACUUGUGGCUCGCGACGACCAACGCGACACUCAUCUUCGUCGGAGACGACUCGGACGUGACAUCCAAUUCCCCCACGCGGCGCUCCGCGCAGACCACGCGGAUCGUCUACUGCGCCUCGCGCGCGGGGAACGUCUGCGGCGGCGUGUGCACCGUGUACAGCGGCGGCGCGUCGUGCAUUGACGCGCCAAAGACGAUGUGCAUGAGCGCGACGCGGAACGUCGGAUACUGCGACAAGUCGGGGUGCACGGGCAGCUGCAACGAUCUGUCGCACUGCGGAACGCCCCUUGACGGUGGGUUCUGCCUCACGGCAAACACGAAUUCCAUUGUGGUUUCGAGUAUCUGA